ACUUAGCAGCAGCAGCAGCAGCAUGGCUGAUUCAUGUUGAGGUUUGACAGAAAACAACAAAAUUCUGUAAAGCAAUUAUCCUUCAAUAAAAAAAAUGAAUUAAAAAAACGAAAAAAGCAGGAAGAGAAUAAACAGAACUAUGUCAAGUAUGGAAGAAAAAUAUUGCAGUGCUGUGGGAGAGUUAGUAAUUUAGAAGGGGCAGCCUCUCACUGUUUUAAGUCUAGUUAAUUGACUCGAUGUGUGUGUAUGUAGAAAACCUGUGUUCAAGGAAGGACAGAAUAUUUAUAUCCAGAAAAAGUUUAUAAAAAACAUUGACCCCUUCAUACUUAACAUCUACAUUAUAGGGCUUUAUUGUCCCAAAGCUAUGUGUGAUUGUGUGUAAAUGUGUGUGUGUGAGAGAGAGAGGCAGAGGCAGAGAGAGAACAGUACAAAGGAAGAUUCUUUUAGAAACACAUUCAAAGGAGCCAGAGGGCUCCCAGCUGGCUAAUCUCCAUCAUGCUUUCCUGGCCCCUCCCCCUUCCUUCUCAUCAUAACUUGUGAUCUUAGAGGCAUGAAAGAAUUUGAGCCCCGCCCCCAGCCUGACCGUCUCUGCGGGCCGUGCAGCCAAGCUCCAUGUCAAAUCCACCUGGGAGCGCGAACCCCAGGGCCACAGAGAAGGUGGUGGGCUUGCAGGCAGGUUCCCCGCCCAGUGGCCAUGGGCGACAAGAGCGGGCAGUCUCCCCUACGUACCUAUAAAUCCCUUGAUGAGGAGGGCCUCUUCGGCUCUGCAGAGCUGCCCAAAAGACCCACGGGGAGCCUGGUUAUGCACAGCAUGGCCAUGUUCGGCCGGGAGUUCUGCUAUGCGGUGGAGGCGGCCUACGUGACUCCAGUGCUGCUCAGCGUGGGCCUGCCCAAGAGCCUGUACAGCAUGGUGUGGCUCCUGAGUCCCAUCUUGGGGUUCCUGCUGCAGCCCGUGGUGGGAUCGGCCAGCGACCACUGCCGGGCCCGGUGGGGCCGACGGAGACCCUACAUCCUCACGCUGGGCCUCAUGAUGCUCCUGGGCAUGGCCAUGUACCUCAACGGGGAUGCGAUCAUAUCAGCUUUGAUUGCUGACCCAAGGAGGAAGCCAAUUUGGGCCAUAAGUAUCACCAUGAUAGGUGUGGUUCUCUUUGAUUUUGCUGCUGACUUCAUUGAUGGGCCCAUCAAAGCCUACUUGUUUGAUGUCUGCACUCAUCGAGAUAAGGAGAGGGGCCUCCACUACCAUGCCCUCUUCACAGGUUUGGGAGGUGCUCUUGGUUACCUUUUGGGUGCCAUUGACUGGGCCCACUUGGAACUGGGAAGACUGCUGGGCACGGAAUUCCAGGUCAUGUUCUUCUUCUCCUCGCUGGUGCUCACUUUGUGUUUUAUUAUCCAUCUGUGCAGUAUCCCUGAAGCCCCACUUACAGAUGUUGCAAAGGACAUUCCCCCACAGCAAGCCCCCCAGGACCUUGCCUUGUCAUCAGACAAAAUGUAUGAGUAUGGGUCUAUUGAGAAAGUAAAAAAUGGUUAUGUAAACCAAGAGUUGGUGCUGCAGGGAGGAAAAACCAAAAACCCUGCUGAACAGACUCAGAGGACAAUGACCUUGAGGUCACUGUUGAGGGCAUUGAGGAGCAUGCCCCCUCAUUACCGCUGCCUUUGCAUCAGCCACCUCAUUGGAUGGACUGCCUUCCUGUCCAACAUGCUCUUCUUCACAGACUUCAUGGGCCAGAUUGUGUACCACGGGGAUCCCUACGGUGCCCACAACUCCACAGAGUUCCUCAUCUACCAAAGGGGGGUUGAGGUUGGAUGCUGGGGCUUGUGCAUCAACUCUAUGUUCUCCUCACUUUAUUCUUACUUUCAGAAAGUGUUGGUUCCCUGCAUCGGAUUAAAGGCCCUGUACUUUAUGGGGUAUUUGCUGUUUGGCCUGGGGACGGGGUUCAUCGGGCUCUUCCCGAAUGUCUACUCCACCCUGGCCAUGUGCACCUUGUUUGGCGUGAUGUCCAGCACCCUGUACACGGUACCCUUUACCCUCAUUGCUGUGUAUCACCAUGAGGAGCAGCCUGCACUUUUGUUCCAGCCCCUGGAGUCUCACUGGAAGCCUUUCAAAGAACUGCCUCCCGUUUCUCCUGUGAUCCUCUCUUCUCCAAGUGAAGCAGCAUUUCUCAGCUGUACCCCUUGAAGUUCAUGAUGGCAGCAUGGUUUAACAGAAAGACCGUGAGCUUUAGAGCUGGGCUGGUUUGGGAUCCUGGCUUUGCUUCUCCCCAGCAAACUACAGAACCUCAAAAGCUGCACUUGUUCAUCUGUACAUUUCGGGUAAUAUUGAGUUAGCCAAAAAGUUCGUUCGAGAUUUCUGUAACAUCUUAUGGAAAAAACGGAGGGAACUUUAUGACCCACCCAAUACUUCCUACCCCAGAGAGUGGUGACCAUUUGUAAUACCUAAGCUGUACAGAGUGCUUGCCACCAUUCUCAGCAUUUUACCCAUGUUAACACAGCAGUCUUGGGAGAAGCUGCUGCUACUGAUUUCCAUUUUCUAGAUGAAGAAACAGAGGCAGAGAGGUUUAUAGUUCUCAUCUGAAGCUACACAGCUCCGAAGUGGCAGAGCUGGGCUUUGAACGCAGGCACUUGGGCUCUGCUGUUUCCUAUAAGAGCAGCACUCAGCCUGGAGGCUGGCCGCUGGUCUGCACUUGAUACAUGACAACCAUCGUCGUUAUUUUUUAAAGGCUCACCAUCCUGCUUCCUCAGGCCUAGAUCUCCCCAUCACCUGUCCUUCAUAAGUGUUUUCUAUAUAAUUCCAGAUGUGCCUGAGUGGUACAGAAUGAUUUGCCCACAUGUUUCUCCAAGUUAAAACAUGUUAUAUGGUUCCUUCUCCUGCCUCAUCUUAGAGCUGGUUGUGUAAUCGCUGCCUCAGAUGAAUUUCUAGAUUAUGGAGACCUCCCAUGCUGGAAGGGAAUUUGGAGACACGAAAUGAGCUGCUUUGAGAACAAGGACACGGGGAUUCAGGCUGUUGUCUGGCUUCCUGGUGCACAGCAGAAUGGAUGGUUCGGUAGCGUGGCCAGGAACCUGCAGUGUAGGCUCAUUUGGGGAAGGGGUACUGCAAAGGAGAACUGUGCUCGGGGGUUCUUUGGGUUCCCUUUUACAAAACCUCUGGGGGAAUGAGGGGUGCAGGUCCACUCCUAACGUUUGCGUUUGCAGGGCCUGGGGGAGAGACCACUGAUGAAGGCCCCUCCCUCCCUUUCCCACCCUUAUCCCAGUCCAGCACUGUGAGGGCCCCUGUGGGCACCCUGACACCUGCACGUCCAUCGCCUUCCCAACUCCCCACCCUUUACCACACCUGCAAACAGUCACCCUCAGCCUCCCCUCACACCUAAGGGUGCACAGACUCAGCGGUGUCUAUCACCUUCAAGAGGAAAGGACCAACGAAGCCCUUAGAGACUCAGAGCCAUUUAGAUGGGGAAUUCGACGUCUUGCAUACCAAAGCAUAGCCUAGGGGGUGGAGGUGCAGGGCUCAGGCUACAGGCAGCUCCAUGGAUUCCUUGCUAUGUGGGAAGGGGUACAGGUGGGAGUGGAGGAUUGAGCAGCACUCUCUAGUAGGGGACCCGGGGUGGGGGUCCUGGCUGCCCAGGUCUGAUGGCUCCAGGCUGCAGUUCUCUUGGUUGCCUCCCUUUUAAGAGCCUGAUCUCUGUGCUCUUGGGUUGUAGUAGGGGCAGUGCUAGGGUGUGGGGUGGUAUUUCUGGGGCACCCCUGUGGAUCUGAGCUCUUCUAGUUGCGUAGGGUGGGGCAGGAGAGGAAGGAGGGCAAGCCUUACACCAAAGUGGUCACUCCUUCCUUUCCCUGCCCACACUUGCCACCUGCAGAACACACACAGCUUCCUCAUUCAGCACCAGGUUCUCUGGGUUCCCGCAGUUUAUCCCAUUUUCUCCAGAUUAAUUUUUUCCAGACUGAGCUGAGCUUUCUUCUCAGACUUCAGUGUGCUGUGGUUCCACUGAUCAACCUCUGAGCCUUGCCUCCCUCCUGUGCACAGUGGCACUUAUUUUCUGUCCAAUCCAGGCCCCCUGCCUUCUAUCAGUGUGUGUGUGUGUGUGUGUGUGUG